AGCUCUUCUCAUUUUUACUUGUGUCCUCAUAUAAGUCAUUUAUUUUUUUUACUACUCUGUUUGUUUUUUCAUUUUUCUCAAAAAAAAAGACAUUGCACUUCAUGGGAUUAGAAGAAUACUUUUCAAUUCCAAUCUUUUUCAUCAUCUUUCGAGAGGUGACUGAAGCUGCCAUCAUUGUCUCUGUGUUACUGUCGUUCCUGAGUCAAGUCAUUACUGACGAUGGUGCCAUGCGUAAGAGACUUUCUCAUCAGGUUUGGGCGGGAACUGCACUCGGGCUGUUUAUAUCGCUUGCAAUCGGGGCAGGGUUUAUUGUAGUUUGGAACUUAUAUGCUACGAACCUUUGGGCAGCUAGUGAAGGCAUCUGGGUUGGAUGCUUUUCAUUGGUUGCAGUAGUCAUGAUCACUGUGAUGGGAGUAGCCAUGUUGCGUACGAACCAAAUGCAAGAGAAAUGGAAGCAAAAACUAACGAAGGCCAUGGACGACGAAAAUGCACGUGGACUAGGUAAUCAAUCCCGUCGAUACGCACUGUUUCUUCUUCCUCUGGUCACAGUUCUCCGUGAAGGGCUAGAGACUGUGGUCUUUAUUGGAGGAGUAACCUUUGAUGCUGAGCCCAAAUCAAUCCCUAUCGCAGUCUUAUCAGGUGUAGCAUUGGGUAUUUUUAUUGGAUUUGCGAUUUAUCGGGGUGGAAAUAAGAUGAGGUUGCAUCCAUUCUUUGUAGGAUCAACAUGUUUGCUAUUGUUGAUUGCUGCUGGUUUAGUAGCAAAGGGCAUUGCAGCAUUUGAAGCAGAUCAAUGGAGCAGACUUACAGGAGCACAGUCAGAUGAUGCAGGCACAUUUGAUCCUCGGGUUAACGUCUGGGCAUUGAAGUGCUGUGAUCCCAAACAACUUGACGCAGGUUGGUGGAGUGUUGCAAAUGCAUUAAUUGGAUGGAGCAAUGUAGCCUCCUACUGGACAUUAGGAUUCUACAUCUUUUAUUGGACUUUGGUCUCGCUUUGGUUGAUCCGCCUCAAGACCAAGAGGAUUCAAAAAGCCAUCAGG